AUGCCACUCAACGUUUCCUCGGAUAUUCUAAGAGAGCUCAAACCUGGAUUAGAGAGCGAGAUCAAAAAUAGAUUUGAAUUAAAAGAUGAUGACGCAUACGACACCGCUGAGUACAUCACAUUUUUAAUCAGCAAUAAAGACACCAAAGAAGAAGUAUUCAAAGAGUUGUCGGAUGUAUGGGACUUCUCAAGUGUACCCAACUUCCUAGACCUUGUUUUCGAAGAGAUUGCCAAUAUUCAGCGCAGGCAUGGCCAAGCGUCGGGCAAUAGUGGGAGAGAUGAGUAUGAUGUCCCUUCGGCGGCAAGUCAAACCGCUGGGGAAAACUAUGUCCCUAGCUCUACACCAAGCGUACCCCAAGGACCUCAUGCGCUAAGUACAGCAGAAACACCACCAAGUAGUAUACACACCAAGCCGCGUCCUACCGGACCCAGUGUUCCAGCGGGGCCUAAACGAAUGUCGGAACAGGAGAAGCUUGCUUUGAGAAGCAAGAGAUUUGGUACAGAUUCCAAUGCCCGUAAUGGAAGCCAUGGCUCAAUCAACAAGGGUGGAAUCAACAAGACCAGAGCAAACGAUCGUGGAUCAAACGUAAAGAGGCCAGCACAUGUGACAGACAAGUUGGAGAAGUUUAUCGCCUCUGAGAACAAUGACGAAAAUGGUGUAACAAAGUUCACAGCUCGUAAACCAAAAGGAAGGUGUCCUAGGUUCCCCAAAUGUACACUUGCAAAUUGUGAGUUGGCGCAUCCAACCAAGGAGUGUUUUGCCUACCCAAGGUGUCCCAAUCCACCUGGAACUUGUAAUUAUUUGCACCCAGAUCAAGACCAAGAGUUGAUUGCCAAAUUGGAGGAGUCAAAUAAGGAGUAUCAAGAGAGAGUGAAGAAACUGAUUGAGUUGAAGCAAGGAACUUGUAAAUUUGGGGCUAAAUGUGCCAAAGAAAACUGUCCGUUUGCCCAUCCUACUCCAGCCAAUCCUGAGGCUAAAAUUGAGACUUUGGAAUUUUGUCCUGGUGGAAUUAAUUGCCAAGAUGAUGAGUGUAAAAAGGCUCAUCCAAGGGCCCCAAAUGCUGGUGUUAAGCCAUUACCUUCACUCAAUGAACUCGCUUUGGAGCAAUGUAAGUACGGUAUGAACUGUACCAAUUUCAAGUGUGUUAGAAGGCAUGCGACAUCGAGUGUUCCUUGUCGUGCUGGGCUAGAGUGCAGAAGAGUCGAUUGUACUUUUAAUCAUCCGUUUAGAGAAAUGUGCCGUUUCGGAGCUGCUUGUCACAUCGCCACAUGUAUGUAUCAACACCCCCAAGGCAGAACGAUGGUGUCACACACAUGGACAAAAGAUUCUCGAAAUCAAGGUCAGCAACAAGUUGACGAGCGUCAGUUUGCCGUUGGUGAGGAUCAAGUUAUGGAGCAAGUUGUUCAACAGUAG